CUCGGGCUGUGUGUAUUCCAGUUCAUCCCCUGCCAAUCGCAUCCACAAAGUAGCUACGAUAAUGGCGGCGCGGCUUGCUACCGUGCCGGAGGAGAGCACGGCUUCAUGGCUGCCUCGCAGCCGCCGCGCAGCCCCUACCGCGACUUGAUCCGGAUGGUUGCUGUGUCCGGAGAACAGAUAAGAUCAACUAUCUUCUCCAACUUCCAGUCAAGCCAUAACGGAUCCAGCUACUCCAGCGACUCUGGUUCGUCGAAUUCUUACCCGUCCAACAACUCCGGCGGCUCCUCUGGUUCGGCCUCCGCCGCCUUGCCGGAUCCGGACCUGGGUUUCCACGAGCUCACGAUUAUUGCUUUACAAAUGGUCAACGAUGGCUACACCGAGCGCAUGGUCCAAGCAUACAACGCCGCAUCUCCUCCGACGGCAGCAUUCGAAUACGGCGGUGGUCAGGAUCGUGCAGCCCUGGACAACUGGUUCUCGGAGCUCGACGUCGACUGGGUUCUCCAACUCCGCGAGGGCUACGGUUUACAGCAUGUGGUUCAGUUCCCGGACUGGUUGUUGCAAGACUUGGUAGAGAAGUGGAUCCGAGCUCUCACCGUGAUCGUCGUCAGUAUCAUGAAGCUGUCAUUCGUUGGCCACGGGACGCCUGAGGUCGCGCGUUUUGGCAAGGCGAGCAUUGCCGAGAUGCUCGUCUUCACCGACGCCAUCGUCCCUGCUCUCAAAGCCGGGAAUCUACAGGACGUGCUAGACAUGUACAUCUGUGUCUCCAACGCGUCGUCAUACAUGUCCCUGCCUUUCGAGAUAGGCAGCCUGUUCAUGCCGUCCGAGAUAGGCAGCCCGCUGGCGAGGGCAGGGACCAGGCUAAACAACGCCAUAUCCAGCACGAUGGAGAAGGUGAGGAGACUGAUUGAGGAUGACGACCUGUGGGCUAUCGAGAUUCCUCGAGGAGGAGGCGCGGUUCACAGGAACACCCGGUUCAUGGUUGAUUGCAUAGUGUCGAUCAGGAAAACACGGGCUUCGACAGAAAACUCCGCACCGAGCGACCACACCCGGAACCUUUAUGGCCUGAUGUCUGUUGCGAUCAAAUAUCAAAUGGAUCUGCUCGUCAUAAAAUCAAUGCUGUGCUCGGAUCCAAGCCUGAGGUACUUGUUCCUGCUUAACAAUUUCAAUUUCAUAGCAAAUGUUCUUGAGCAAUGGCGUUCGGAUCAUGACCCGUGGCUUGAAAGACUAAGGCUUAAACGUGAAUGUGAGAAGCACAUGGAUAGAUAUAUCGAUGUUUCCUGGGGACAUGUGAUUUCAUGCAUACCCAAAUCGGUUUUCUCUCUACCGUUGAUCCAUCGUUGGAGUAACACCUCUUUACUAGCUGAUUUUGAGUCGGCAUUCCACAAAACUUACCAGGCUCAGAUGUUCUGGAAGGUUCCGGAGCCUCGUCUCAGAAACUUGCUGCGGGAAAGUAUAGCCAAAAGAGUUAUCUCAGUGUACCGCGACUGCCUGGAGGAGAAUCCGGAGCUACAGAAGCAUGUUAACGCCGGAACCAGCAGUAGUCCUUACGUUUUGGAGGAGAUGUUAAGAGAGCUAUUUGAAGGAUGAAAGCUGAUUGAUCCAGCACAUGGCCAGGCACCCAACAUAUAAAAGGG